CGUUCUCGUCAGCCCGCCCCACCGCCCCCUUUGGGGCAGAAGCUGGCCCAUUUGCCUCCCGCUGCCCAAAGUGCUGCCCCGCGAAGCGCUCGAGCAGCUGCUAGUCGCUGCCUUCUCUGCCGCACGCGCGAAGUUUGGCGCUCAGGUCUCUUCCCCGGUCCUCCCCCGCUUUCUCCCGCCCUCGCGCUCGUCGCUGUUGCCGGGUUCUGCUGCCGCGGCUGCCAACGACAGGACAAAGGCACAUUAACACGUGAUGGCGAAGGCGCUUCAUAAAUGGGACCAGGAGGCAAAGAAGGGGUGUGUGCGCGGAGACAGACCGUUCAGAAGAAGGGGGACGUCGGGCAAGCCGCAAUAGCCGGAGCAACUCGCGGGAGGUGGAGACGGCUCGGUCGCAAGGGAGGAGGGCGGUGGGCGCAGCUUCUGUUCCUCCCAGAGCGGCAGGAAGAGAAGCACGGGAGAAGCACAUGGCGAGGGGCGCGGACCGCAGAGGCUGCCGCACGUCCUGACUGGCUGAGGGGAAAAGCGAGCGAUUGUCCACCUGCCUGCUCUCGCCUUCCCUCCUUGCUGGGCUGCACCGCCGCCUUCUCACGCGCACACGCCCCUGCCUCACCCGCCUUCCCGCCCUCUUCCUUCUCCCCUCAGUACCGCCGGGCGAGAAGGUCAUCGCCGGCCACCGCAUCAGCGACCUCUCUUGGGCUGGGCGUGAGGUGCCGUCAAAGAGAGCGCGAGGCGCCGGCAGCCGUUCAAGCGAAGACCAGCGCCCCUGCUUUUCUCUCUCCAGCCGCGGUUUGGGGAGGAGGCGGUGUCAUGUGAAUGUGGAGAAAAGGACUGCCUCAUAUUUUUUUCCAACUCUGCAUAACAGUCAUCUGGGGUUAUGAAGUCAGUCCUAGAUGGCCUUGCAGAUACAACCUUCAGAACAAUUACAACAGACCUUCUUUAUAUGGGUUCUAACGACAUCCAGUACGAAGACUUUAAAAGUGACAUGGCCUCCAAAUUAGGAUACUACCCAGAGAAAUUUCCUCUGUCUUCUUUUCGAGAUGAUUUCCAUCCCAAAAUGACUGCAGGAGAAGAUGCCUCUUUAGGUGCACACCCAUCGGAUCAAAUCAAUAUUACAGAUUUUUACAAUAAAACCUUUUCUUUUAAGGAGAAUGAGGAGAGUAUACAGUGUGGUGAUAACUUUAUGGACAUGGAGUGCUUCAUGAUUCUGAAUCCUAGUCAGCAGCUAGCCAUUGCAGUCCUGUCCCUCACGCUGGGCACCUUUACUGUUCUGGAAAAUCUUCUGGUCUUAGUUGUCAUCCUGCAAUCUCGAAGCCUUCGCUGCAGGCCUUCCUAUCAUUUCAUUAGCAGCCUGGCAGUAGCUGAUCUCCUCGGCAGUGUAAUCUUUGUCUACAGUUUUGUUGAUUUCCAUGUUUUCCACCGGAAAGACAGCCCUAAUGUGUUCCUUUUCAAGUUGGGUGGAGUUACAGCCUCUUUCACUGCUUCAGUUGGAAGUCUUUUCCUCACAGCAAUAGACAGAUACAUAUCUAUACACAGGCCCCUCUCCUACAAAAGGAUUGUUACCAGGUCAAAGGCUGUUGUAGCAUUCUGUGUGAUGUGGACAAUAGCUAUUGUAAUAGCUGUUCUCCCUUUGCUUGGUUGGAACUGCAAAAGGCUCAAUUCUGUUUGCUCAGAUAUAUUUCCCCUAAUUGAUGAAAAUUAUCUGUUGUUCUGGAUUGGGGUCACCACUGUACUCUUGCUUUUUAUUGUCUAUGCCUAUAUGUAUAUACUCUGGAAAGCUCAUAGCCAUACUAUUAGGAUGCUCCAACGUGGAACUCAAAAGAGCAUAAUAAUUCAUACUUCAGGAGAUGGUAAAGUGCAGCACAUCACUAGGCCAGAACAAACACGUAUGGACAUUAGGCUAGCCAAAACGUUAGUCCUCAUUCUUGUGGUUCUGAUCAUCUGCUGGGGUCCCCUGCUGGCUAUUAUGUUGUAUGACGUCUUUGGGAAAAUGAACAAGCUUGUCAAAACUAUCUUUGCCUUCUGUAGUAUGCUAUGUCUGCUGAAUUCUACGGUGAAUCCAAUUAUCUAUGCUCUGAGGAGCAAGGACCUGAGACAUGCUUUCAGAAGCAUGUUUCCACCUUGCGAAGGGACCGCACAGCCUCUUGAUAAUAGUUUGGAGUCUGACUGCCAGCACAGACACGCUAACAAUCCAGGCAAUGUCCAUAAGGCUGCAGAAAGAUGCAUUAAAAAUACAGUUAAGAUUGCUAAAGUGACUAUGUCGGUCUCUUCAGACACUACUGCAGAGGCAUUGUAAAACAGAGACAAUGUUUGGGAGAAGUAAGUGAGAGAAAGCGGGAGAAAAAUCAUGAUUUCAAAAAUGUAUUUUCCUCAAAUGUACCAUUUUAAAUUUUGCUCUUUUUAAAUGAUUUUUUUUAAAUUAAGUAGUAGCCCCUUCCCCAGGUUCUAUAAACAAGGACUCAGAUUUUGUUUUUAGAACUAGAUUUCUCAAUUGGCAAAAUGUAAAUUGAUUAGUAAUUGCUUAACCCUAUUAUUAUGUACAAAAACUUCUCGUUAAUCAACAAGAGAGAUCUAUAUACUAAGGGGAAAUAUAUUAGAUGCACAAUAUUAUAAUCAGAUCCAAUGCUAAUUUUAUAAUUGCAUUUACUUUUGGUAUGAAGUAUAUUAAUGGUAAGUAAGUUUUCAUACCAUCCUCUCCUCCGAAUGCAGCAGUACUGGACUGUAAACAUUUUGUAUUAUGUUUUGUUGAAAUGUACAAUGUUUACUGUAUGUUACUGAUACUUGUUUACCUGAAGUGAUUAAGUAGAUUUAUGUAAAUGUAAUGUAAAGUAUGUGAUGAUGUAACCCUUUCACCCUAUCAUGAAAAUAUUUCCUGUACUUUGAAGAGUGUCUGUGAGGUAUACUGAAAACUUUAUGUUCUUAGUGUUUUUAGUGAACUUAAAGGGAAAGGCUUUACACUGAUUCUCUUCACAUUUGAAAUUCCUAUGAAGCCUGAAAUUGGGAAUAGCAAGAACAACAAACUAUAACAACUUUUUCUUUGCAGAAGAAAAUUAUAUUGCUCAAACUGUAAAAAGCAGUUUUUAACAGUUCAUUGGCUUUUUGUUGGAAAUGGUUUAUGAUGUAAGAGGCAUGAUAUCAGGCUUUGGUUUAUUUAACUGGAAAUGAUUUGGUCUGGCCAGUUGCUAGCAAAGAAUCUCCAAAGACAACAUGUGACCAGUGUACAAAGUUAUCACUGUGAUAUAUACUUGAAACGUGUUGCAUUCCUAAAUUCCUGGUUUCCAUGCAUUUUGAAAGCUGAGAUGCCAAACUCUAAUUUUGGUCACAAAUGGAUAAAAUGUUGCUAUCGUACUUCUUAAAAUAUGUGCAUAUGUAAUUACUAUGUAUUUGUGUGAAUUGUGUGUCAAUUCUAAAUAACUGUAGGUUGAAUUAAUAUUGUUAAGAUAAGAAAUUGUGACCAAAUGUUUUCUUACAUUUGUUGUUGCAUUCUUUACACACGAAUUCUGUUUUUAAAAGUGAGUUCUUCCAGCCAAAUCCAUAACAAAAUUUCAGCAUUAUAUUGGAAAAAAACCCAAUCUGAUACCUAAAGAAAAAUAAUACUUUGGUAUUAACAAGAUAGCCUUGCGGAGAAGACAAAAGUGCUAUUACAUUUUAAGGCUGAUUGGCUUCUUAUUGAGUCAGAAUAACUAUAAAAAUGAUUGAAAAAACAGACUAUCACUAUGAACAAAUAUAGAAAGCCUAAAAUAAACAUUUGCAAGUGUCAGAAUUAAGCCACAACAGCAGCAAAAUACAGGAGAAUCCUGAAAACCUCCAAAUCUUCAUAAUCUCUGCCAGAAUUAAAAAUGCAGAGGUAGAAAUUUAAAUGCCAAACCUUAAAAAAGAAAACGAAACAUGCAAGCCUUAAAUUCCUGAUCACAACAAAGUAUUCGCCAGAUCACUAUGAUCUAGCCAAGAUGACUUGUGGAAGCAGAUCUUCAUGCUGUGACUCCUCUUAUUGACCAGGUUACAUAUAUAGAGAGAAAGAUGCUACAUGGACAGUUUCCCUUUCUGGAGACUUUAUUGGUGGUUUGGAACCUAUCCAUAGCAUCAGGAAUCUAGAGGCUGGGUUUACAUGGCAGGACGCUAAACCCAGUGUUAUGCGCUGUCAACUUAGUAGGUGUAUAAAUCCAGAUCCUUAUAUGCAAUAAGGCUUACAACUACCAUAUGAAAAGAUGAAUGGUCAACAGUAGAUAAACUGAAACCUAAAAUACUAGAAACCAGAAUAAAUAAAUUUAAUUUCAUUGAUAAGCAAAAUAGAGUGCUAAGGUAGUGCUUAACCAGUGAUACCCAGGUUCCAGAAUACCAAUGCAGUAGGACCUUUUUUCUUAUGCUGUUUGAAUGGAAGAUUUUUAUUCCAGGAAUGUAGAAAAGGAAUGGGUUCAAUUUCAUCUCCAUCUAUAGUCCUGACAUGGUUGGCAUUUCUGCUUGAUCUUCUUCCAUUCUCUUCUCCCCCCCCCCCUUCCUUCCAUCCAUCUAUCCAUCUCCAAUAAAAUCCUUGAUGCGGCUGUUGUUGUAAUAGAUGAAAUCCUUAGGAAGGUGAUCCAGAAGAACAUGGGUCCUUCUCUCAUGAGAAGGAAAACACAGCCUACUCUAUUCAUGUUCAUUGUCAGGAAUUUCUGUUUUAAAGAGCAAGAUCAGAAAUGUCUUCUCCCCCCAUUUGAAAUUAUAGUCGUACAUAGGCUGGACACAUACUUUAUACUAAGAAGAAGCCAUAAUGUGGCUUGUUUUAUUAUAACAGAGGUCUUCAAACUCAGCCCUUUUAUGACUCACGGACUUCAACUUCCAGAAAUCCAUAGCCAGCAUACCUGGCUGAGGAAUUCUGGGAGUUGAAAUCCAUGAGUCAUAAAAGGGCCGAGUUUGGAAGACCCGUGUAUUAUAGUAUAUGAACCCAACAAUUCUGGCUUGUGAAUCAGGAUUCAUGGCUUUGCAUGUUAUGUGAAUCCAGCCAAUUGUGUUUUAUUUCAGUAAAUUAUGAUUAAACAAAUCGUGGUUUGGUCUGAAGAUGACCCUAGUUACAAACUAGGAUUUUUGAUAGCUUUGAAUAGUAAGGCUUCUGUUUUAUUUAAGAAAAGAUACAGAAAAUGGAAGAAGAAUACGUUAUCCUUGGGCUGCCCCUGUUUUCAUGACAAAGGGGACCUAGCUAAUGAAAGAGGCUGUGAUUACAUUGAUAGUGCCUUAUUUUUUUUAAUCACCAGAAUGAAAGGUUCAUAAAAAUUAACUUUAAAAUAGCUUUGUUACCUCCACAUAGUAAUUAAUGUAGGUAGUAGCAACGUAUAAACUGGUUACAAUGACAAGAAUUCAUAGAGUUGUAAUCCAAUGUACCCUGAGGGAAGAGAAGAAGGAAGCUAAUAUAUUGCAUUCACAAUAUUAGUAAAUUGUACCUGAAUAGAGAAGAGUCCAAGACUGGUGAUCUAAACAUGGGUUAAUUCAUUCUUGUAAAUUAACUGGGCCACUAUAAGGUAAAUAAGAAUUCCAUUCCGAUGAACAACCAGCAGAAAGGUUCCACACAGGAACAGGAAAGUUAUCUCCAAACAAUAUAAUUUCAGCUAAUUAGUAAAUAUCAAAUCACUGUUGGGCUGAGGAUAAAACAAAAUGUUACUGUUUGAAUUUGAGAGAUGCAGCAGGAACUAAGCUGAUUAUUGCCAAUACACACAUGGAAUUUAGCACAAAAUAAAUAUGUCCCAUAUCUUCACAUCUUGGGAAGGAGCAAAAAGGUGGCAGCUUUCAUAUGAUACCCUAUGGUCAGAGCCGUCCAUAAAGGAAACAGCAAGUAUUGCAGGUGAAUUUCUUCCAAAUAUCCACUGGAAAUUCUUCCAGACACACAUGCACAGACAGACAGACAGAAAGUUUGGUAAUAGCUCUUUGGUAAGGCAAUCUCAUUGUUCAAGAAUUUAAGUUCCCAUAAUAGACCAUUAGUAUGAGUCUGAACAUACACUAAAUGGAAUGAGGGGAACAACUUUUGUUACCUGUAUGUGCUGCAGCCAUUGCUGACUGGAUACAAACUGAUAUAAUUCGAAGCAAAUGUUUUCUACAUCAAUAGGACAGUUUUCAAUCUGAACAUUUAGGAGCAAAAAAUACCCCAAAGUAUAAACUAUAAUUAUCAUUUUUAAACUUAAUUCUUGUGGCUUUAAUGCAAAGUUGUGUGAAUUUCUGUUUUAUGUAUUCAAGUUGCUAUCUUUUGUGAUUAAAAUAAACUUUGGGACAAUGGGGCUGUCAUGGCACUUACUAUGGUGCUUAUUGAUCAAGAAACAACUUCCUGUGAAAUACUAUGUCCUCAUCAAUAUAUUCCAUUUAAGUAAAUAAGUAUUUUUCCUUUAAAAAGCUCUUUUUAAACUAUGUAGAUAAUAAUAGCACCAUUUUGCAGCUGAGCUGGCUAUGAAGUCCCUACAAAACAAAUGCUAAAAGUUAACUAUUGCUACUUUACUUAGAUUAGCUGCUUUUAAGCCAUGCUUUAGGGCAGCUAUUCUCAAAACGCUUGAGAAGGAAGCUUCCUUCUGCAUGGGGAGCUUCAGGCUCUUCUGAUUCUUCUCCAAUCAGCACAACUGCUAGUCGUUCUGAGGAAUGCUAGAUUUUACACGACUCUAAAUUAGGGAUUUAAACAUUAGUGAGGUCAAGUGUCCUUGUUUUCUUCAUUUCUUUCUCUUUCUUUCUGAUUUGGGAUGAGGAAAAAUGCAAAUAUCCAUUUGCCCCAGACCAGAGCUUCAUAUGCUUCAGUGUGGGCAUUAACAGAGCUUUGCAAAUAAGGUCCUUGAUUCCAAGACUGGAUAUUGUUCUUCAUGUGUAUUCGUUAUUUGUAUAUGUCCUGAAAAACCCUAUUGAGGAAUCUAUAUACAGUAGGAGGUGCGUAUGUAUGUGUAUGCAUGCACGCAAGACAGUUUUCACAACUAAGGCAAUAUACUGUGAAGAGGUGCAUUGGUUGAAUUUUAUACAUUUCUUAUCUACCUUUCAAGGUUCUGCUCUUUCCUGCAGAUUCUGUGGCGCAAGGGCCAUUAGUCCUUAUUCGGGUGCAGGGACCAAAAGAGUCCUAGAAAGCAGCAACGGAGAGUUGCACUCUCUUCCUCAAAUGUACCUGAAGGAGGCAGGUGAGGCUCAGGGCAGCUGAACAGAGCUGCACUUCUGGGCAUGUAGUUUGGGUAGCAUUAGGCAACGAACUGCCAACUGUUCUCAGUAUGGCAACGGACUGAUCAUGUUGUUGAUCAUUCAGCCACCUGGUGCUAGGCAAGCCGUCAGUGUUGUGUUCCUCAUGGGGUGCCUCAAAUGGCGUGCCCCUUCCAAUCCAUCUUAGUCACUAAUUGCUUUCUAUACAUUUCGCCAGACAUCCCUGCCUAAAUGGAGUAUUUCCAUUCCCAGAGGCACCAUAUGUCACCUCGAUAGAGGCUGGAAAACGGGGGUUGCGGUUUUCUUUGAUAACCUGCUUGUGAUCCUCCAAGAUAAGCCAUUUAGCCAGCCGUUGUCAGGAAAACAAAACAUUAGACCAGAUAGGCUCUAGUCUAAUCCACCCAAUCAAUUCUCCUGCUUUAAUGCAGCUUGGGGAAGUGGAUGCCUUGUUUUAAGAAGGUCUGCUAGGAGAAGGACCCUUCCUUUGGAAAAUGUUCUCCCCAAAUGCUCACAUUCCCUGUUAAUCGCCUAGCAGCUUAACCUUCAUUUCUUCAUAGUUGCCCACCCACUCUCACAAAACGAGUGGUCUCAUGACUAAAACUUAUCUGUAUUAACUUUAAAUGUUGUGUAUACCUGUACCAGAAACCAUCAGUGUUAUUAUGUAGAAAUUAGAUUGUCCAUCAUCUUAAUGUACAUAUUUCUUAUUUGAUGCUGUGCAAUCACUCUGAAUUUCUUUUUUCUUGCACUGAUGAAAAUGCCUCUUGUAUAAUAAAUAAACUUCUUCCUGUGGUGAAUGUAUGUAAAUAAAAUUAAAUAAAAACAUUUAAAUUGUCAGUUAUACAAGCAGUGGCCUGAAAAAGGGAUAACUGUCACAGCUGAAUGGAGUAAUCAAGUUGCUAUGACAUCUGAAAAGUUCCAGGGAUGCAAUGUCAGAGAAAGUUUUUCCUUGUAAUAGCUAAGUUGGUUUUCUGUAGCCUUUUAUUUUCAUUGUUUCCAAGUGAAAAGCCUAAAACUCACAAUGUCUGUAAAUCUAACAUUAUAACCCUCUCCUUAAAGUACACUGUGUUGUUAGAUGUUUGUUUGAGCUAGUAGCACCCCUUGCAACUGCUGCGAUAUGUUUCUGUUGGCGAUUUGUUUAUUACUUUGUACAUGGGUACUGGUAAGAUUGUCAUGAAAAGUAGCUUCUGCCAUUAAACUACCUAUAGCGGAAUAGUAUAUAAUGUUACAAAUGUGUUACUACCAUGCCAUAUUUUAUUUCUCCAAUGAAAUUAAACUUAUUUAUUUGAAA